AUGGCGGGGGCAGGCGAUGAAGCGGGGGGCGGCAUGUCAGCGAUGCAGAUGCUGUAUUGCUUCUUUGUCUCCAUCGCCACGAUCCUGGGCACUGGCAUUCUGGCAUUGCCUGUCAAGCUGUACGAGACUGGAUUCAAGCCCUUCAUGCUCACCUUCACGCUCACGCUGGUGGUGCAGACCGCCACCGUCUUCCUCAUGGCCGAGGUCUUGCAGCGGGCGUCCUUGAUCCUCCAGCAGCGACGCUCGCACGAUCGAGACACGAAAAAGCUUUUACCUGCGGCGCAAGGCCACCAAGUGGCCCCAGCUGCCAGUGCUAGCGACGAUGACGAGGACAAUGAGGGCUCCGCGAGUGCCGCUGCCAGGCGACACAAGGGCACACAAAACGAGGACCAGGCUGACGACAUUCGCGUUGAGGUUCGGGACCGGAGCCAUCCUGAUGACCAACCGGGCGCCCCGAGCCUGCAUGCCUUGGCUACCAUCUAUUUGGAUGGUCUCGGUGCUCGAAUUUUCACUGGCUCCGCCAUUGUGCACUUUCUCUCCAUCCUCGUCAGCUACGCCCUGGCUUGGUCCAAAGCUUUUUGCUCCAUGGUCAACUGCCAACCAACCGCGGUCAUUGCACCCUUUGUCAUCUUCUUCAGCACGGGCAUCAUCAUCUUUAACCGCCAGCUUCAACCCCUCAUCACGGCUCUCACCUUUUUCAAAUGCGUCAUGCUCAUCGUCAUGGUGGCGGUCGUCGGCUACGUCGGCUCUCAAACCUCCACAGCCCCAACAGCGGAUUGGGCAGCUACGGGGACGCCCUUUUUGAUUGGCACGCUGGCGCUGGGGGGCGUGGUCAACGUCAUGCCUGUCCUCUACGAUGGCAUCCCAAAGUCGCGCCUUGCUCUCAAUCAGUUUCAAUGGAGCGUCGCCGCCGGUGUUGUGGCGUGCUGGGUGAUGAAUGUGCUCUGGGCUUUCUUCAUUCUCCAGAUCGUUCCCCAGGCCGGUACCGGUCCCUGCCAUCAACAAAGCCCUGGUGGCAACAUCACCCUGACUUGUGCCAACGACAACGACGAGAUCAGCACCCAGCCCAUUGUUGAUAUCAUGCAGCGCUCCUACCACCACCUGCUCUGGCUGGCCCAGCUUGUGGCUUCCUUCAUCUUGCUGUCCAUCACGUAA